CUCCUAACUGUGACGUGAGGAAGGCAGGAAUCAUGGCUCGCUCAUAAUAUUUAACACACCCACUGGAAGCUGGAGCUGCAGAGCUACUAGUCCAGCCCGUCUCCAGCACACAGUGUGGCUGAAAGAGGUUUUCACUCUGCACCUGCCAAAGAGCUCUCCCCCUCUCCCCUCCUCUCUCCCCCUCCCUUCCUCUCUUCCUUUCUCUAAAGGCAAAUCUGUAGGACCCAGCAGAGAUCAAAGACGGGACCUCUUCGCUAUAAAGAACCGCUACCGAAUUCUAUUAGUUUCUUUCCUCUAAUCCUCCCCCUCCCCCCCUUCUUUUUUUUUUUUUUCCUGUGCCAUAUUUAACCUUUAUGUUGCAGUUGUGCCAUCCGACAGUUUUGCGGCCAAAAAAAACCAGCCCACGCCAAAGGCAAAGCCCGGCUCGGAUACAGCAGCCACCCCGGCUCGAGCUCAGCUGAGCGCGUUCAUCUCUCCCGGGCGCUGGACAAAGCGAUGGAUGAAGGAACUGGAACCGCUCGGAGAAAAUGAUUUUGCAGCCAAUGUUCUUAAGCGGUCUCACAGAAGAGAGGGAGCGAGCGGAGAGCGCUUCUGCUGCAUCACUGGGCAGAUUCAAAGGAAGGAGUCAGCGUUUCCUGCACUGCCAAACAUUAUGGAUGAUUUUGUUCCUUCUGUCGCCUUUUCGUACAGGUUUUCUUAAUACUGUUCUUCCCCCCCUCCUCCCCGUCGUUUUUUGAACGAUUAUGAUUUGAUCGCAGCCAGCGUCAGACUCCGGUUUCUCCUCAAGAACCAGCUCUCCCUAUUUGCUGUGAUCCCCGUAAUAAAAAGCGAGAGAAACCGCGAACAGAUGGCUCUAGAGAUUGCAAUGCCGCUGGCUUUGUCUUCCUAUUGAUUUUAAAGGCUCUUUUUUCCGAUUAUUUUUUUUUUCCCGAUUUUUUUUUCCCCCCCCUUCCCCCUCCCGAGUUCUUGAUGAUACUGAGCAAUGAGGACCUAUCGCUUUUAGCCUGUUUCUGUCGCGGCGCCUAUGGAGAUAACUUUAUUGACUUGAUCGCUCGCUGCCCGACCCGCGAGGAGAGAGCCGGAGCCCCGGGGGGGGCGGAAGACCCGCGCCCGCUCCCGGCCGACCCCGCCGCCUCCCCUCCCUCCCUCCCCCGCUAAUUCAUCAGCCGCUCCCGGCCAUGAAAAUGCUCCUGGUCCGCAAGUUCCGGGUGCUGAUCCUCAUGGUGUUCCUCGUCGCCUGCACCAUGCACAUCAUGAUCGACCUGCUGCCUCGCCUGGAGCGCCGCGGGGCCGAGGGCCGCCCGGGCUGCUCCUGCCCCCCGCCCGCCAAUACGGGACCUAUCGAGCAGCGCCGGGAGCUGGGGGUCCCCAGGAUGCUGCCUGCAGCUGCAGCCAGGGGCAGAUGCUGGCAGAAAAGCAGCGCGAGGCCGGGGUCAGGCACACCGCGACCCCCCCGCACUUUCUCAUUUGCAGGGGCUGAGCGGUGCGUCCCGCCACCAACAGCCUUGCUUUUCUCCAAAGUGAGCUCUAAUGUCACCAAGUUCUGCCUUCGGGCUUUGGUCGGUGCUCCAAUUUUCAUCCUCAAUGGAUUCCCGGUGUCCUGGCACCUCCGCUGCUCUCCAGCCUUCAGAGUGCUCCACUGCCUCUGCGAAUUGUUUGUUGGCUGGCAUAAUGAAGAGAACGAAGAGUUUUUGCCAACUGGAGAAACCUCCAUAGACUCCUACCCAAACUGGUUAAAAUUCCACAUUGGCAUCAACCGGUACGAGCUGUAUUCCAGACAUAACCCUGCAAUCGAGGCUUUACUACAAGACCUGGUCUCCCAGAAGAUCACCAGUGUUGCAAUGAAGUCAGGAGGCACCCAGCUGAAGCUGAUCAUGACGUUCCAGAAUUAUGGACAAGCAUUGUUCAAACCAAUGAAACAAACCAGAGAACAAGAAACCCCACCUGAUUUUUUUUAUUUCUCAGACUAUGAAAGACAUAACGCAGAAAUAGCAGCAUUUCAUUUGGACAGGAUCCUGGACUUCCGUCGCGUCCCACCAGUUGCAGGUAGACUGGUUAACAUGACCAGGGAGAUACGAGAUGUUACUCGCGACAAGAAGCUGUGGAGAACAUUUUUCAUCUCACCAGCCAACAACAUCUGCUUCUAUGGCGAAUGCUCCUACUACUGCUCAACCGAGCAUGCCCUGUGUGGAAAACCAGAUCAGAUCGAAGGGUCUCUAGCUGCUUUCCUUCCUGAUUUGUCCUUAGCUAAAAGGAAAACCUGGAGAAACCCUUGGAGGCGUUCCUACCACAAGCGCAAGAAAGCAGAAUGGGAAGUUGAUCCAGAUUAUUGUGAAGAGGUUAAACAAACACCCCCGUAUGACAGUGGGACCAGAAUUCUGGAUAUAAUGGAUAUGACAGUUUUUGAUUUCCUAAUGGGUAACAUGGAUCGACAUCACUAUGAAACCUUUGAAAAGUUUGGAAACGAAACAUUUAUUAUCCACUUAGAUAAUGGAAGAGGGUUUGGAAAAUACUCCCACGAUGAACUUUCCAUAUUGGUGCCUUUAAACCAGUGCUGCAGAAUAAGGAAGUCUACCUAUCUGCGAUUACAGUUGUUAGCCAAGGAGGAAUACAAACUCAGUCUCCUGAUGAAGGAAUCUUUGCUAAAAGAUAAAAUAGCUCCCAUUCUCUACCAGCCUCACUUGGAGGCGAUGGACAGGCGGCUGCGGAUUGUCCUCAAGGCUGUUAGUGACUGUAUAGAAAAGGAUGGUUAUGACAAUGUGGUUGAAAAUGACUUUAACGCUGAUGUUAACACUGUUGCGACCGAGAGGUAGUGAAAUCGCAAGACUACGUUUUUAUCAGCCGAGUAAAGAAGAUUCAAAAAGGAAAAAAAAAAAGUCUUGCAAAAGACUGGUAUGCCACUUCGUGAAUUCAGUGAAUUCAGAAAUGAGAUAUAAUUGUUCCCAGAGUAGGUAAAGUGUAGACUCUGCAAAGGAUUAGCUCAUUAAGAAAAAUAAGUCUAACGUGAUGCUUUUCAUUAGUUCCUGAGAAGAGAUUAAGAAAAGGUUGAGAAGAUAUUCAAAUCGUCGACAGACAGCAGUCGGAUAGCAAAACACCUCCUGUCCUUUUUGUAUAGCAAGGAGGCCUUUACUUAAUAUUUUGUAUUUAUAUAUGGUAUAUCUAUGAAACCCCAGACCUACCUACCAAAUUUAACAGAGGGACAGCAUAGUUUUGUGACUCACUUUAUUUGUGGUGACAGUCCACUUAGGAUUUUGUGUUAACCCUUUAAGUGCUCUAAUCCACUGUAUCUUAUUUAAAUUGAACACUUUCUUUUUUUCCAGCUACUCAGCAUUUAAAGGGUUAAGGCAUUACAAACUUUUAAAGGCAAAAAAAUAAUAUUAUUAAUAAUAAUAAAUACAGUGAUUACCAGAAGGGAAUUUCACUAAUUGUGCAUUGACAGGAAUACUUGAAUGUUGGUUUUACAAAGUGAUGUAAAAUGACAAGUUGUACUAUUUAUCCUUAAGGAGGUGGCAGCUCUUAUCUUUCUAGACUAUCAUAGCUGAGCUGCUACUUUUCAACUUUGCUUUUGAUAGUUUUGUGUAAAUAUAUACAUAUAUGGGUAAAAAGCUGUUUUCGGCAGCUCUAGGCUUACUUUUGCAGCAUUUUUGUGGAAUUGUUUGCAACGUGGUAAAAGUGCAAUAAAGAUAUGGCAAAAUGUGUA